AUGCGACGGGUUAUCAGGUCGAGAAAGAGUCAACAAGCAGGAUGGGGGAAUCAACAACAGAUAUCGGGUGAGGGGAUAUACAACGGAUUGCACUGCGAGGACGCGGCCCACGGAUACAAGACCCUAAAGAUAGGCGCCGUGGGCCAUGUGGAGGGAGUGGCCCUUGGUCGUGAUUGGGCGAGGGCGUUGGAGGAAAGGAGUACAAAGAAGCGCAGGGUGGAUGGAAGGGGAGAAAGGAGGGAAAAGAAAGAAAGAGCGAGAGAGAGAGAGCGAAAGAGCGAGAGAGAAAGGAACCGGUGCAAGGCCCAAGUGGAGAGGCUUGGCAGGACUGCCUUUUCUAGGUCUAAAAGAGACUGA